AUGUCCACAACGCAGCAGCAGCGCGGUGGUCGACAGUACGCGCCUGCAUCGAUGCAAAGACAAGCCGAGGCUAUGUAUCGCCAGCCUUCUUACGAUCGCAGCUUCGACUCGAUUCGCUAUCCAUCCAACGCCAGCCAGCCCAGCCUGUCGCACAGCUUCAACACGUACACCGACUCGACCCCAUCCUCGGUCUGCAGACCCGAGUUCGGCGACUAUCCGCACGACAUGUCGCAGAGCGACUGUGGGGCCAGUUUUGUCUCGGAAGUGCCUGCCUCGUUUGACGACACGUCGGACAUCGAUGAUGCUCCGGUCAGCAACAACUCAAAGCCGACGCUGAUCAAGUUUGUCGAGCCUGUCGUGCAGCGCGACCGCUCCACCAGCCAAACACGACUGACAGGCAUGAAGAAGAAAAGGGCGCAGAGAAAGAUGGCUGCUUCCUCGUCUCAACACGAGAGGGACCUCGACGUCGACCAUCUGCCCAUCCUCGGUUUUGCUGAUUCACGUAUGGGGUAUGCCCCAGACGAAGCAAUGCACAAGGAAACGUACCACUUUCCGGGAGUGCCGCCAAGGGACGCGCAGGUCACGCCAAAGCAAGAACAGUGGAACGUCGACGCGAUCGACAUUGCCCUCGAGGAUCUGGUGCUCGACAAAGGCAAGACGAGAUCCUCCUCCACCAUUGGCGAAAGUCCCUUUGCUGACAUCGCCGACAACACAGCGAGCUCUCUGAGGAAGCGGGAAGCCAUGUCGGCUGCGCGGGGAGGAGCGGCUUCCUCGGUGCUCGAUGAGGCGCAGGAGGAAGAUCGACCUCGUUUUGCCCCGACACGCUCUCAUACCUCGAGCGAUGCAAGACGUGCUCCACGACCUCCUCCUAGCGACGUUUCUCUGCCGCCUGUGCCUGCGCUGCCUUCUCCGUCGACUGUCACUCAGGACAGUGCGGCAUCGUCAACCAUGGGUAAAGUAGAGGGAUUGCAGCCGAGUCACGACCACCCGCUUGCGACGCCGUCCCGUGCGGAUGAGGUGCCGAUCGGCUUCAGCACCACGAGAAUCAGCGCUCUGGACACGCCGGAAAGCGACGAGAACGUGUUUGCCUUUCGACCACCCAGUCUGCCCGGCCACGGCGAUGACCCCAACAACACGAUGCGAGGCUCUCGCAUUGCACGCAGCACGGGCGUGCGCCUCGACUCGAUGGCUUCGUCCAACCACAGCAGCUUGAGGGAUCUGGAUCCUCGCGAGAUGCUCCAACGUGCACGCAUGCAGCCUCUCAGCUGCGGUCUGGACGCCGAAGUUGGCCUGUCGUCGCUCGACGUCGAAGCGGAAUUCCUGGGAUCCGACUCGGGUUCGGGUGCAAGCGGCAACAGCGUGCAGGCCGAAGACCUACCUCCGUUGCUUUCGAACCACUAUCUGCAAGGAAAAGUAGACCCCGCCGAGUUUGAGCGUCUCAACCGACUUCCCGAACGAAAGCAGGCAGCUGCUGCUGCGGCGGGGGCGGCGUCCGGAAGUAGCCAUCGCCUGUCACACAAACACCUUUCCAAGCACAAGAAGAGUGCCGGUACCGCUUCGGUGGUGCACCACUACGAACCCAUCAGCAUCCUUCGCGCUGAAGCAGCCUUCUUGAAGGAAGAUGCCAAAAAGGCGGACAAGGACAAGAAGAAGAAGGACAAACUGUGGGCGACGGGCUCGAGCACCAACGCGUCGACGUCCGACGUGUCUUCCGUCUCGGACGGCCAUCAGCGGCUCAAGUCGUUCAAGUCGACGAUGCGGCUCAACAAGUUGAAGUAG